AUCAUCACGUCCCGAGAGAUGUUCUAUGGCACUGAGAGUGUUCCCCAAGUCGUGAAGAAGCAUCUGGUCCCCAACUCCAUGCCAUGCUAUGUAUGGUACUACAACAACUGCAGCCUGUUCAAGUACUGCACUGUGCGGGCAGGCAAGCACCUCCGUCUCAAUGUUGGCCUAACGGUGGACAUCUUCUACUGGAAGUGCAAGCAUAAGAAGACUGAUAUUGAGUGCUCCUUCCACUGCAACCCACACCUGUUUCAAGAGCUCCUCAAGGACGACAACACCUGGUUUUUUCAACUCAUCACCAAUGUCUGGUUUGGGGGGUAUCACAUGAUUGUCCGGGAGAUGGGGGUGGUGAAGUAUGAGUUUUUCCUUGAUGAGAUGUUAUUGCAAAAGAACAAGUUGACAUGGGCAAAGCUG